AUCCUGACAGCAGAGCCUAUUGCCAGUUGUCUUUAGUGAAGAACAGUAAUCCACUUCUUGUUAUUGCCAUGAGGAAUACCUACACCCUCUUUCUAUUUGUAGUGAUCUCCUUUAACGGAAGCACCGCAGCAGAUGCUGAAGAAAAGCUAAUGAACCACCUACUGAGUCCUGACAGGUACAAUAAGUUAAUUCGUCCAGCUGUCAACUCGUCCCAGUUGGUAUCUAUAGAACUGCAGGUUUCCCUGGCACAGCUCAUCAGUGUGAAUGAACGGGAGCAGAUCAUGACUACAAAUGUUUGGCUGAACCAGGAGUGGAUUGAUUACCGUUUGGCUUGGAAGCCCUCUGACUAUGAAGGGAUAAAUAAACUGAGAAUACCUGCAAAACACAUCUGGCUGCCAGACAUUGUACUUUACAAUAAUGCGGAUGGCACAUAUGAAGUUUCCCUAUACACAAAUGUGAUUGUACAGAACAAUGGAAGCAUUCGCUGGUUGCCUCCAGCCAUUUACAAAAGCGCCUGCAAGAUUGAGGUUAAGCAUUUUCCAUUUGAUCAGCAAAACUGCACACUAAAGUUUCGAUCUUGGACCUAUGACCAUACAGAAAUUGAUAUGGUACUCAAAACUUCCAUGGCAAGCAUGGACGACUUCACACCAAGCGGAGAAUGGGAUAUUGUAGCACUUCCAGGAAGGAGGACUGUAAACCCUCUGGACCCCAGUUAUGUGGAUGUGACAUAUGACUUCAUCAUUAAAAGGAAACCUCUUUUUUAUACCAUCAAUCUUAUCAUUCCCUGUGUGCUAAUUACAUCCUUAGCAAUCCUGGUGUUCUACUUGCCUUCAGACUGUGGUGAAAAGAUGACUUUAUGCAUAUCUGUGUUGCUUGCCUUGACAGUGUUCUUGCUGCUGAUCUCCAAAAUUGUUCCUCCAACAUCUCUAGAUGUUCCACUGAUUGGGAAGUACCUCAUGUUUACAAUGGUAUUAGUGACAUUUUCAAUAGUUACCAGUGUCUGUGUACUCAAUGUCCACCACAGAUCCCCAAGUACUCACACUAUGCCCCCUUGGGUAAAGCUUGUUUUCCUUAACAGACUCCCAGCCUAUCUGUUCAUGAAGCGCCCAGAAAAUAAUUCUCCACAGCAAAGGCUGUGCAACCGCAAAAAAACAAGAUCUGAGCAUCUUUGUAUGGACCCAGCUGAGCUGUACAAGAACCCCACCUAUUUUAUGAAUACAGCCUCUGCCAAAAAAUACAACAUGAAAAUCACAGAGACUCUUGACAAUGUCAGUAGCCAUCAAGAUUUUAGGUUAAGAUCAACCACGAAAUUUUCUCCUGAAGUCCAAGAAGCAAUUGAUGGAGUCAGUUUUAUAGCAGAACACAUGAAAAGUGAUGACAAUGACCAGAGUGUCAUUGAAGAUUGGAAGUAUGUUGCCAUGGUAGUGGACAGGCUGUUUCUCUGGAUAUUCGUCUUUGUUUGUGUCCUGGGGACUGUUGGAUUAUUUCUGCAGCCACUUUUUCAAAACCACACUGCUGCCAUGAACCCUUAGUUGUCCUUUAACAUUGGCAAUGCUUACGUAGAUGCUGGGCCUCAUUCUGCUCUCAUUUCCCCUCUAAUAAUCCAGAGAGAUGUCAGUGGAGUUGCUCUUGCAUCAGAUUUACAGUAGGGGAAUGGAAAGUGGAAUUUGACCUGCUAGAUCAUUGUGAUAGGAAAAAUCCAGAAAACAAUUAUUUUUUCCAAAGAUUUCAUUAUUUCUGGUGAUAUGUUGGCCAUUUUUUUUCAAUCAUUUGAAGCCCAAAUAAAACAGAGAAAGGCAUUUACUGGACACUAUGCCAGCCUGGCUCAGGUUUAUUAUUAAAACGAUAUUUUAUAUACAUUGUCUCAGGAAGGACAUUUUCUUUCCUCAGAAUGCUGCAGUUUCCACAUUGCAGUUUCCAUAUUACAAAGAAGCUAUUGCUAUGACAUUUAUUUCCUUUUAAUGCCUCAAAACUACGUAUGCCUGGUUUAUAAAGAGUGUUACAGGUGGAAUCAUUACUGUUUAGCUGCUUUGAAUGUGAUAUUUAAGAUUGAACUGAAAAACAGAGCCGCACUUUUGAAGUGCCACUAUCAGGUUUCUCAUC